UGUACUGCACAGACCCCGAAUUUGUGUUGAAGAGAUGAGAAUUAAGUAUGCACAUUAAUGAAUAGAGCUGUCGUAAUGUUACCGUUUCCUCUAUGAUGGACAGAAUGACCGAAGAUGCACUGCGCCUGAACCUCUUAAAAAGGAGCUUGGACCAAGCGGACGACCGGGAGGAUGUCCUGGCAAAGAGGUUGAAGAUGGAAGGGCAUGAGGCCAUGGAGCGCCUGAAGAUGCUGGCGCUGCUGAAGAGGAAGGAUCUUUCUGGCCUCGAGGUGCCCCAUGAGCUCCCAGUGAAGCAAGACGGUGUUAAAGUCUAUGAAGAGAAGCUGAAUGGGAGCCUGAGGCCCCAUGCAGAUGGCAGGACUGCAGGACGGCCGGGCAAGGAGAACAUUAAUGAUGAGCCAGUGGACAUGAGCGCAAGGAGAAGUGACCAAGACAGGGGUCGAUUGACCCCCUCACCAGAUAUAAUUGUCCUUUCCGAUAAUGAGGCAUCAAGUCCACGUUCCAGCUCUCGCAUGGAAGAAAGACUUAAGGCAGCAAAUCUUGAAAUGUUUAAGGGUAAAGGCAUAGAGGAGCGACAGCAGCUUAUCAAACAACUCCGGGAUGAGCUGCGACUGGAAGAGGCCAGGCUGGUGUUGCUGAAGAAGCUGAGGCAAAGUCAACUGCAAAAGGAGAAUGUUGUACAGAAGACUCCAGUUGUGCAGAAUGCUGCAUCUAUUGUUCAGCCAUCUCCUGCCCAUGUGGGACAGCAGGGACUGUCCAAGCUUCCCUCCAGGCCUGGAGCCCAGGGAGUUGAGCCUCAGAAUUUAAGAACAUUACAGGGUCACAGUGUCAUUAGGUCUGCCACAAACACGACUCUUCCCCAUAUGCUUAUGUCACAGCGUGUGAUUGCUCCGAACCCCGCCCAGUUACAAGGGCAGCGUGUUCCUCCCAAACCUGGCCUCAUCCGCACUACAACUCCAAGCAUGAAUCCAGCCAUCAACUACCAGCCGCAGUCAAGUUCUUCUGUUCCUUGCCAGCGUACGACCUCUUCAGCCAUCUACAUGAACCUUGCCUCUCAUAUCCAGCCCGGGACUGUGAACAGGGUGUCGUCCCCACUCCCCAGCCCCAGUGCUCUGAAUGAUGCUGCCAAUUCCCAGGCAGCUGCCAAGCUUGCCCUGCGCAAGCAACUGGAAAAAACGCUGCUGGAGAUUCCACCCCCAAAACCGCCAGCGCCCUUGCUUCACUUCCUGCCCAGCGCAGCCAACAGCGAGUUCAUCUACAUGGUGGGGCUGGAGGAGGUGGUACAGAGUGUUAUUGACAGUCAAGGCAAAGGCUGCGCUUCCCUCCUGCGCAUGGAGCCCUUUGUCUGUGCUCAGUGCCGCACUGACUUCACCCCGCACUGGAAGCAGGAGAAGAGCGGGAAGAUCCUGUGCGAGCAGUGCAUGACCUCCAAUCAGAAGAAGGCGCUGAAAGCAGAGCACACCAACCGGCUGAAGAAUGCCUUCGUGAAAGCACUGCAGCAGGAGCAGGAAAUUGAGCAGAGGCUACAGCAGCAGGCAGCCUUAUCUCCCACUGCAACUCCUGCAGUGUCCAGUGUCAGCAAACAGGAGACCAUCAUGAGGCACCACACACUCCGCCAGGCUCCACAGCCCCAGAACACUCUGCAGCGUGGCAUUCCCACCUCUGCCCGCUCGAUGCUGUCCAACUUCGCACAGGCACCCCAGCUGUCUGUUGCGGGUGGUCUCCUUGGUAUGCCAGGUGUUAACAUUGCAUACCUGAAUGCUGGGAUCGGAGGCCACAAAGCAUCGAGCUUGGCAGACCGGCAGCGGGAAUACCUUUUAGAUAUGAUCCCACCACGGUCUAUAUCGCAGUCCAUCAGCGGACAGAAAUAACGCCUAUUGACCCUUCCCCUCCCUCCCCACUUCUGUCGCAUGCAGUGCCUGUACUGGUGCCUACCAUACAAGGGAAAAAGACAAAAAAACAUUUCAAAACUUCAGCGACCUGUCCUUUCCCAACCUAACUCUUCUUUGGUUUUCUGUAGCAGUGAGGUCAUUCCCCUUGCCCAAGGUCAGGACAAUUGUCUGCUUGAAAUCAGCACUAGACGUGUUCAUGCUCGUUUGAUGCUAUUUUUUGGUAAUGACAAAGCAUAGAAUUUUAAAUUGUUUGUUUUUUUUUCCUCUGCUAAAUGGAGGGUUAAACUUUUUUUUCCUUUCCAGAGAUUUUUUUUUAAGAGCAUCCACUCUACUCCAAGUGACCAUCUGUAAAGGGUGGUCAGUGCUGACUCGAGGGGGAGAGGUGGCAGUGUGCUGGUGUUUGGACAGCUAUUCUAUGCACUUAGUAGGGCAAAUUAGGACUUGCGUUCUUUGAGUUGCUCACCAAAAGAGGUAAGGGACAGAGGUUCUGUGGAUGCAUCCGAUUGAAUCUCGCUGAGGGGUUGGUCCAUAACAGCUUGGCCGCAUGCAUAUGUUAAUGGAGCAUGUCUCCCUGGAGGAAGGCAGCCCAGGGUGUGAAGGAGCUGUGUUUCAGUGCAGUGCACCUGCCACUUGCAGCACGUGUGGCUGGAUGCAGAUCUCUGUGCUUGACCGUGCAGUGCAAGGGAUGGCAGGGCUGGUGAGUUGUGCCAGGGAAUCCCAUCACUUGUGCUAGCAGACCCCAUAAUGCAGUGCAGUGGGAACGGCUGGGGCGUGUGCCCCAGGAGCGGACCCGUGAUGCUGCCUAGUGUGUGUUUCUGUCUCCCAGUAAUUCUGAUGCUCCCUGUGUAGAAGCUGAAGUUCUCUGAGGGACUGUGAUGAACUACCAAAGGGCACAGGGGCCUCAAGCCUUUUUAAUCCCCCUUGCCCUGCUGUUGUGCUCUCAAGAGCAGCUCCCUGUUCUGGACCCCAGGAAGCUGUACACAUCCCAGCGGCCGAGCAGGAAGCAUUGCAGGGCACGUGGAUUGGAUGAGUUAGCAAACCCAAAGCAAGAGCAAGCUGAGUCCUCUUCUGCGGAUCGUUCUAUUUGCACUUACCCUCGCGCCCAGGGGGCCCGCACCUGAACCCGGGAAGAGCAGAACCAUCUCCUGGCAGCAGAGGGCGCCAGCUCCUCGCCGGUACCCUGGAAAGAGGCCCCGCAGAGCUGCCCUCUGGGGAGCAGGACCCUGGUGUGGAGCCUUUCCACUUGCUGUUGAUUGAAUUAUGUAAAUACAGGAGGGGAACCUCCUUGGCCAAACUGUUACAAAACCAAGCGAAUAUGCUUGAUUUGCUGCUUCUGAGGGGGAACCCUGCCCUCCUUGGAAGGCGUUUCCGAUGGAACAUUAAUUGUGCAAUGAAGUGCAUGGAGUUUCAUUGUUGGGGUGCCUAGCAGUACUGCUGUUUGGGAAGAGGCACCCUUCUCUCCAGCAUGGCCCUGUGCUGCGUCGCCACUGUCCCUGCAAUACCUGAACUGCCAUAGUCUGAACAGAGAGCUGCCGAGUGACUGAGGAAGGACGUCUGAUGCCUUUCCCUUGAAAGCCAGCAGGAUUUCUCCCCAAGAGGCACCGCACGCCUGCCCCUGUCUUUGGAGAGGAGGGUCUGUAUCAGUGCAAGAACUAGGGCCUCCCUACCUGCUCCCGUUCCUGUGCAGACUUCUCUCCCUCACCCCAUCAUCUCAAGGUGGGGGGGCACGUGCUGGUACAACAGGCCCUUCCCCUGUCUCUGCUUCGGUGGCCCCCACUCCCUCGAUUCAGUGAGCACUUAAGAAUACCUGAGGGGCGUGGAUGUGUGGCCGGGGCCCCCCAGAGGCAAAGGGAUUUUUUGGAACCUAGUGGAAUGCGCAGCAGCUUUUUUUUUUUUUCUUUUUUGUUUUGUGGUUCGCUGUUGUAGCUGGCACGGCCCUGGGAUGUUGAUUCUCCGUAUCAACCUGCUGUGCUUAGCGGGAAGCACUUUGAUAAACCUGAGAAAUGAUCAGCCCGUUCUUUGUGCCUCCCUCUGGACAUGGAGCUGGCUUUAUCCCGCUGUCCCCUGCCCCCAUCUUCCCCAGUGGAUGUUACCGAGAGGUACGAAGUGGCCCGAGCAGAUUGGUUGAGAUGAAAAUUAAAAAUGUGCAAUACUUAAGAGUCCCUGUGGCUGGGGCCUGGUGCGCUAGUUAAUUGUCAGAGCAAGUUAACAGUAAUGAUGCUAAGUGAAAUUUCUUGGGAAGGGGCUCAGGGUCCCCCAGCUGGAUUAUUGCAGUGGUUGGUGAAAGGAAACUUCCCUGUUGCUUGCUUAUAGAUUUAUUUCCAUCCUGCAGCCCGGGCCUCGCAGAUCACCCUGUCUGACUCAGUGCAGUGAAGGCUGACCUGCGUCUGUGGCAGGCAGCGUGGUCCGAGCAUGGGUCCGGGAGCCAGGAACUCCCCAGUUCUACUCCCAGGUCUGUGGGCUUGGGUAAGUCACUUCACCUUUCUCUUUCCCCAGCUGUAGAUUGGAGGUGAUGCUUCCCUGCCUCACAGGGGUGUUGUGUGGGCUCCCGGGUGUCCAUCGAGUGCUGGAGGUGCACAGUGGCUUUACUGGGAUAGGUCGGGCCUGCUGAGACCCUGCUGGCCCAUCUGUUGCCGGCUGUAGCCUUGAAUCGCUCCUUCCCUUUGGCAGAUGUCAUCAGAGAGCUGUUCUCAAGACCCAGCCAGCGAUGGGAGCCAGUUGUAUUACUUGGCCCGCAGCUGUUUUCCCCCCUCUCCGUGGUCCCACACUCCUGCUGAUCAGUUGCUGAAUCGUAAAAUCACUCAUGAAUCUCCCCUCUCCCCCAAUGCUUGUCCUGGAAGUGCGUGUCCACACAUCGAUGGGUUCUGUGGUGCUAAGGGGCUCUCCCUGCGUGCAGCCCCAGCUGUUCAUGUGAAACAGAAAUUCUCAUCUCCAGCAGGCCUAGGGGGCUGAACCUCAUCUCUGGGUUUUGUUCCUUGGUUCUGUAAACACUUCCUGCAACAGCAGGUUCUUCCCACACUUCGCAGGGGGGUACCCUGAGUUAGAAAGCACAGAGCAAAUGUUCCCUUUGGGCCCUGGGCUGGGUUCACUGCACAGCAGUCGGCAGGCGUCAGGUCGUGGUGAUAAACCUGGGAGCACCAAGAACGGCAACUGCUUCGUGUUUCCAUCCCCCAGUCGUCAGAGCCCAUCCUUCACUCCUCCUGCUGCCCUGGGCACCUUACCCCCUCCACUGGGGAAUGUCCCCAACUUCGUCAUGUUAAAUCCCCAGGGAGUUUCUGGUGCCUAGAUCCUUGCACUGCCGCUGGGAUGGUGGAGUGUCCGACUCUACAGCCAGCAGUUUGGUUCAUUGCAGUAUUUGACACCCCACCCCUCCCACCUCACUCUGCCUACUGAUCUCUGUGUCUAAGGGGAAUUAAGAUGCUUGCUUUGUCUGUGAUCUGCACAGGUUUAAAUUUUUUUUGUCUUGACCACAGCGCGCGACCACCCCCAAUCCCUGGUAAAGUGCCCCUCCCCCUUUAUGGAUGUGAUGUAUGGUAGAAAAUUGUCUCUUUUUUUAGAUACAGAAAUAGGGAUUUUUUUCCCCGCUUCGGUUAGCUUUUCUUUUACAGCUAGAUGUAGAGCUGCUUGUGAACGCUUAGUGGGGUUUUAUUUUUUGUUCCUCCAAAGGCAUAACCCAUCCCUCCCUUUCUUCUCUAACCCUCACCCAUCUCCACUCACCCACCCCAACGAGAUCUUAAUUAGCUUAUGAUAUUGCUGCCGAAAUGUUAUAACAAGGACUCAUUCGUGUAUAUAAGCUAUUUCUUGACACAUUAAAAACAAUUGUACAUUGUGUAGAAAACAAAACAAAACAAAAAAAAAAAAACAGCCUCGCCAUGGAUAUUGUGAAAGUUGUUACGUCCUUUUGUAGUGUGACCUUUUGUGUAUGACCUGAAACGUGCAAAAGGGGUGGUUUCCAGUGGGUGGGUUAGGGGAGCAAAGUCAGACAGCUGCAGAGGGCAAAGAUCCCAGGGGCUGGCGCUCUCGUCCGGGCGGGAACUGCUAGCCUGCAGAAAUGCACUGGUGGCAAUCGCCACCUCCCAAAUCUGUGCCUUUCACACACACAAAGGACCCUACAAGUUACCAGCACCCCCUAGUGCAGUGGAGGCAGCGUUAGGUUUACGGCUCGUGAUGUGUCUCUAACCAGCAGUGGUGGUGCAUUCCCGUGGGAGCAUCCGGAUCUUGGGGAGUGGGACCGGGGUGGGGACAAGUAUUAUGAACUGUAAUUGUAUUUGCACUGUUUUUAUUAUGCGUUGGCAUAUAUACAAUAUACAUCUAUGACAACCUG